CCACUUUCCCCCACUCUCCCACUUUCUCUCUCUACAUUCAUUCAUCCAUGGCCGCCUGAGCUUCCCACUUCUCUCUCUAUCUCACUCUCUCUCUAGAAUACAUACACAGACAUAUAUAUAUAUAUAACUUCAAUGGCGGUGGAGCUGUUGGGGUUUCCGAAGAUGGAUGAACAGAUGGCGAUACAAGAGGCGGCUUCAGCUGGAUUGAAAAGCAUGGAACAUCUGAUUCGCAUAAUUUCUCAUCAGUCUCAGCAGAGGCAACAACAACAACAACAACCACCUUCUUCGAAUCAGUUGGAUUGCGGAGAUCUCACUGAUUUCACUGUUUCCAAGUUCAAAAAAGUCAUUUCAGUUUUGAAUCGGACCGGCCACGCUCGGUUCCGCCGCGGUCCGCCUUGUCCUCCGUCGUCUUCCUCCUCGUCUCUUCACGAUCAGACUCCGACGCCUGCCUCUGUGGCUCCGGCGAGCUAUCAUCCCCAAUCGCAGCCUCAAUUGAUGACUCUUGACUUCACGAAACCUAAUCUGCUUAACUCGAACCCUAAGAGCAGCGAGAUCACUAAGGAGACCUUCAGUAUAUCGCAGCCGAUGUCGUCGGCGAACUCGUCGUUCGUGUCGUCGAUCACCGGCGAAGGCAGCGUAUCUAACGGAAAGCUAGGGACGUCGUCGCUCUUCAUGGUUCCGGCGGCGCCGGCGGUUUCCGCCGGUAAGCCGCCGCUCUCCUCCUCAUCGAACCGGAAGAGGUGCCACGAACACGGUCACUCCGAGGAACUUUCCGGCAAGCUAUCUGGCUCCGGCCGGUGUCACUGCUCAAAGAAGAGGUAUGUUGUGGUGAACUCUACGCACCUUUCUUUUGACCAUGGCACGCGUGAGUCGUGAGAACGAUACGUAACGCAUACUGCGCACGAUAGCAUAGCCGCUCACGU